CUGAACGCAACACAACAUUUGGAUUUAUACAUUAAUAACUGUGCUUUAGACAAAAUAAUUAAAUUUAAUUAAUAUGACUGAAGAUUAUGUGUAUAAUAGUUCAGAAUGGAAGGCUCUAUCAAUGUCGUUUGUAGAAUAUCCAAAAGGUGAUAUUUUUGGCAAGUUAAUGGCACUACUAGCUCUUGCACCAUUAUACAUUGUAGCGGCUUUAAGUGCUUUAGCAUUAAGAUGUCGAGAUUUGCACACUAUUUUCUAUUUUGUUGGAAUAACACUUAACGAGCUACUCAACAUGUUCUUAAAAUAUGCAAUUCAAGAGCCACGUCCGGUAGCGAGAGACAAUUAUUAUGUCCAAUACGGAAUGCCCAGCUCUCACAGUCAGUUUAUGUUAUUCUUUACAGUUUACACAAUUUUGUUUCUUUAUAAAAGAUUACACACAAACUCGUUAAUCGAAAGGGCCUUUCGCGCAAUCGGUGUUGUAGUGUGUAUUGUACUAACAGCAUUAGUAUGUUAUGGACGUGUAUAUUUAUUAUAUCAUACAGUAAGUCAAGUCAUCGUAGGCGGUCUCAUUGGUGCUUUUGCCGGUCUAUUUUACUUCUUCUUUAUACAUUCAAUUCUCACACCGUACGUAUUUCCCAAAAUUGUCUCAUGGAGAAUCUCAGAGCUUCUUCUAAUACGUGAUACAUCGCUUAUUCCCAACAUUCUGUUCUUUGAGUACACAGCGACGCGACAAGAAAGUCGAGCAAGACUUAGGAAAAAUAUGAAAAUGCAAUAGACGCAUAAGGUCGGUCCACAGAACAAUUUUUGGUGUAGGUUUUUUAAAAAAGAUCUUUUUUACAAUUCUUAUUUAAUUAGUUGUUAAACAACAAUUUUUUGCUACGACGGGUCAAUAACGUUAAUUAAACUUAUACCUAUAAUAGAUAAGAAAUCAAGGUAAUAACAAAAAUGGCACAAUAAUAAAAAAGAAAAAUUAAGUUUUUUUAAAAAU